ACUGCUGCGGAGUGCGCGGUGCGGUAUUGUGGAUAUUGUGCAUUGAUCUAAUUUUUCGGAUCACAAUAACUACAUAAAUAAAGCGAAAUAAUUGUUUCAUCGAGUUGAAAAUCCAAUUAGAUUUACUUAAAGUAUUUCAUUUUUAUUACUAACAUAUGUGACAAAAAAAUCUUAUUUCUGAAAUUACCGUAAAAGGUUACAUUUAAUAAAUUCUACCUAAAAAUAAUGGUUUAAAAUCGAAAAUGAAGUGCCACUACGAAGUAUUGUGUAUUGAGAGGGAUGCUAAUCCCUCGGAGAUCAAAAAAGCUUAUCGCAAGCUCGCGCUGCAGUGGCAUCCAGAUAAAAACUUAGAUAACUUGCAAGAAGCGAAGGAGCAGUUUCAGCUCGUCCAAAACGCUUACGAAGUGCUGUCAGACCCACAGGAGAGAGCUUGGUAUGACAACCAUCGUGAGCAACUGUUACGAGGUGCUGGCAGUUCUUAUGAUGAUGACAGCCUCGAUGUAUUCCCAUACUUUAGUCCAUCUUGCUACAAAGGCUUUGGGGACGACCCAGAAGGGUUUUACGGAGUAUAUGCUGAGGUAUUUAGCAAAUUAGCUUCUGAAGAAGCUGACUUUUUGGAUGAUCCAGAAGAAAUCAAUAGUAUUCCUAAGUUUGGAACUUCUACUUCACCUUAUGAAGAGGUGAAUGAAUUCUAUGCAUAUUGGAUGGGAUUCUCUACUAAUAAGAGUUAUGUAUGGUUAGAUCAACAUCAAAUAUCACAGGGUGACAAUCGUAGGAUAAUCAAACUUAUGGAGAAAGAAAAUAAUAAGAUAAGACAAAAAGCACGCAAGGAAAGAAAUGAGGAAAUAAGAAGACUUGUUAGUUUUGUUAAAAGAAAAGAUAAAAGAGUAAUUGAGCAUGCAAAGCUCUUGCAAGAAAAAGCAGAGGAGAAAAAGAUUAAGGCUGAACAGUUGAGAAGAGAGAGGAUAAUUCAAAGGCAAAAAGAGAUAGAAGAAGCUAAGAGAAAGGAAGGGGAAACUUCAUUCCUGCAAAGUGAAGACUACCAGAAGAAGUUGAGUGAAAUCGAAUCUCUUUUGGCUGAGGAGUUUGGUUUUUCAUCGGACGAUGAUACUAUUAGUGAGGGUGGUAUGGAGAGUAGCAAUGAAGAGAGUUCUAAAACUGAAGAAGUCAGUGACAAACCCAAGUCUGCUACCAAACCAAAACAAGCAUUGAAAAACUUGUUUUGCUCAGCUUGUAGUAAGUUGUUUAAGAACAUCAACUCAUUCGAGAAUCACGAAAACAGCAAGAAACACAAGGAGAAUGUAGCUAAAAUGACGUUAGAAUAUAAUAUUGACAUAUCAGAUGCUGAAGAAGAUGAUGAUGAUGAAAGCCCAAUAAAUGAGGACAGUAAAACCAAUGGGGAAUGUGAGAGAGUUGAUAAUUCCACUUCAGAUAUAGAAGAUAAUGAUAUACGAGAGACACUCAGUGAUGAUUCUGACAAAGUGCAACCCUUGCCAAAGAGUCACAAGAAAAAGAAAAAUAAGAAGAAAUCAUUUAUCCCCAUGCCAGAGAGUGAAGGGAAUGACAGUCAUGACGAAAUGAGCUUUAAUGAAAUCGAGGGGCCGUCACGCUGCCGUAAAGCUAAGAAGUUUAACAUGCUCAAGAGUCAAAUACAAGCUAAGAAGGAAGCCACACUUAAACUGGGAUCUCAAUCACAAACGUCUACGGAGAAUUUGUAUGAAGUGUCCAGUACAACUCCUACCGAUGAUGUUAUUGUGGAAUCUGGCUUUCCCAAAGACAGACCGGCUCUUCCUAAGGUGCAACGAAAUUUAAAAAGCAAGAAGGUGGUAGACAGGAAAUCAGUGCGACCUAAAGCUAGCGAGACCGAGGAUUCCAGCAGCACGAUAAAUCUUAAGUGUGUUGUGUGCAAGACAGAUUUCCCAUCAAAGAAUAAACUCUUUGAGCAUUUGAAGAAAACAGGGCAUUCCGUGCCGCUCCCUCAAACUAGCUUCACACAAAAGAAAGGAAAAAAGGGUUAAUAAGUAAGCUCUAUGUGCAAUGAAUUAGCUAGGUAGAUAUUGUUUUAUUCAUUGAAAAAUCUGUGGAUUUUUGUGAUUCCUUAAUAUUAUAAUAAAAAUUUAUUUAUUAAAUUUAUGAAUCAUCAAUAAAGUAUACCUCAUAAA